AUGGAAUCAACACCAAACGAUCUUGCAAUUAUACAAGUUUAUAAGCCAACAUCAAAAGCAGAUGAUGAAGAAGUGGAAGAAGUGUACGCAGGCAUUGAAGAUCUAAUGAAACAUACUAAACCAUACAAUAACGUAAUCAUAAUGGGAGAUUUUAAUGCUAUUGUUGGAGAGGGCAGGGAAGGUAGAGAAGUCGGAGACUUUGGCUUAGGUAAGAUAAAUGCAAGAGGAGAAAAAGUAGUAGAGUUCUGCAGAGAAAAUAGGAUGAUUAUAACAAACACCAGAUUCCAAAACCCUAAAAGAAGAAUAUAUACAUGGAAAAUGCCAGGUGAUAUUGCCCGCUACCAAAUAGAUUACAUAAUGGUGAAAAAUAGAUUUAAGAAUCAAGUUAAAUUCUAUCAAAAGUACAGCAAGAAGAAAGUUAUAAUAUCAGGUUAUAAGAGAGYGGAAGUUGUGGAACAAUAUKGACGCUAUAUGGAUAUCGAAUACCAAAAAGAAAAUAUAGAUGACUCUCUGAAUAAAAAGUGGGAGCACAUACAAUCAGCUAUCAAAAAAGUGGCGGAUACUGUGUUAACAAAAAAAGAAAAGAAGGAACCAAGAAGAGCAUGGAUUGAUAAGGAAAUAGUAAAACUUAUAGAUGAAAGACGAAAAUAUAAAAACAAUAACACAAGAGAAGGAAAACAAAAGUAUUGA